UGACAAGUCUUUGGGCAGUUAAUCUUCUGCCAGCGAAAUGUGUGGUACUCGGACGUUAUUAGUGACGCUUUGCGGCGUUCUCAGCUUUUCUGUUUAUCCUUUAUGUGAAGGCGCUCGUUUAAACCAUGUGCGCUUUCCAGGACCUGCAAAGAUUCAGCAAUUACCAAGUACUUUGCAAAAUCAGGAAGCAAUAGGCGCGGCACCAUAUCCACCAGCUGGCUUGACACCAAAUCCUCCCUUCGAAUUACCUACCGAGGAAGCGGCUGAAUUCCCUGAAGCUGAAGUCAAGCCUAUCUAUGAGCCACCAGAUGAAACAUAUGGACCCCCAGAUGAAACAUAUGGACCACCAGAUGAAACAUAUGGACCACCGGCUAUCGACGAUGUGCCAGUACCAGAUGUAACAUACGGCCCACCCGAUCAGACUUAUGGACCUCCAGAUCAAACUUACGGUCCCCCGCCUCCUGAACAAACCGAAAAUAACGUUGCAACAGCUACCUUACCACAAAGCGCUUCCAUUAUUAAUGUAAGCAGCCUUCGUCCUCAGGCACAAUUUGUGUUGCCACUGGUGCAGCGUCUUAUUGCUUUCCGACCUCUACGACGUCCAAUUCAAGUGCAACGAAAGCCAUCCAAAUUAAGAACGCCGCCGCGAAAGCCACAAAGACCUGCUAAUGUCGUAAACGCGCCAAAAGCAGUUUUUCCUGCAACGCAGCUAAGCCUACCAUUUAUUGAACGGCGGACACCCUUUCGGUCGUCAUCGCGUCUAGUUGUUAAUGCUCCACUAAAAGCUAUGAAAAAUAUUGCGAGUCCGACAUUUGCCCAACUAUCGCCCACAAUUCGUAGACCAAUUUUUUCGGGUAGUCGUAUCAUUGGUUAUUCUGCUCAAGCGCAGAAUUGUGAGGAUGAACUCCCCGAAUCAAAUGCGUCGUUCUAUUCAGACGAAAACGAACUAUAG